UUGUCAUAGUCAAGCACAUUCCCUGAGAGAGAACUUCUAUCAAUUCAAUAGCCAAACAAGUCUAGGACGAGUAAGCUGCUGCUUAUGUAAAUAAAAAUCCAAAUAAAAAGCCCAUUGUUGCAUGAAAAAGUUUUUAAUCUGGGGAUUUAAAGUGGAUCACAUGCCCAGCCUGAACAACAGCGGCACGAGAGCACGCGCAUUCCAGAGCAGCGUCUCGCGCAUCGCUGCUUUUCCCUGAAAACUGGGGAAAAUAUAGAUUUUUGAUGGACUAUUGCGGAUUUCGCCCUUUGUUUAUAUAGUAAAACGGACACUUGUUCACUGUCGGACAUGACGCAUUCCUACAGUCAGCGUUCUCUCGUGAUACUCGCGUUUUUAGGGAUUUUGUCUUCGAUAAUGGCCGUGUUAUCCGUCAUUUUGAUCUUCCAGCUCCAAACUCAACAGGCUGUUAUCAAAGAUUCGCCAACUUUCGUGCCAAAAGACAUCACUGCGGUGUUACUGCCUGUUUCCACGGUCCUCUCAGCCUUGUCUCUGACUCUAAACUUGAGCUCAGUUGUUGUUUGUUUGCUCCACAGCUAUUUUGCUACUGAAAUAUGCCGAGGAGAACCAGAUACGCAAAGGGCCGAUUGGUUUCUGAUGGAUAGCAGGGCCGUCCGGCAUGUCACCAUCGGCCUGUUUUGCCUAGGAGUUUCAGUUUAUUUAGCUGCCAUGUCUAUUUACAUGGUACUGGUGUUUGAAGUGGAAACUGGUAUAGCCAGUGUUUGUGUGCUGUCCUCCGGAGUUCUCGUCCUGCUACUUAUCAUCAUUCACUCUUUAAUAAGGGCAGCACGUGCAGCCAAACACUACCGCACUGAUCAUCUCCACACCAUGUACCACAACAACCCAGAGCAAAUCCGAACGUCCAAUCUAAGCAUUAUGGAAAAUCCACGAAGGCAACACAGCUUAGCCAACCUACCAAGCCAUUUCAUCAACCCCGCUCACAUGGAACCCAAAUCACAAUAUUCAACAUCCAACGGGCCUCAGGCUCACUCUAGCGAUAAAGACGGAUGCAGUGGAAGCGGACGAACCCAUCGGACACUUUCAACAGAGUCUGGCCUAUUUCACGCUCAGGCCAAACCCUGGAACGGGGUGAACAGCGAGAUGAGAUCGGUGCUCGCUCGUAAAGCCACGAUUAAAGAUUCAACUUUAGUAUGAGUGGUAAUGCGUUCACUUUGGUGUCAAGAUGCAAUAUAACGUGCCUGAUUUAAAAUGAUAUUCAUGUAUGUAGAGGCAUGCAGCAUUAUUAGGCAACUAAAACACUUAAAGAAAGUCUGAAAUCCAUCCUUACAAACUUGAUAACAAAAGAUAGUGUCACUUUUAAUAUCAUUUGUUUCUUUUUGUAUCAAAAGAACCAUUUCUGCUUCAAGAGUAAAAUACAGUUGAAGUCAGAAUUAUUAUCCACUCUGAUUUAUUGGCCCCCCUGUUUAUGUUUCCCCAAUUUCUGUUUAACAGAGAGAUUUUUUUAAACACAUUUCUAAACAUAAUAAUUUUAAUAAUUAAUC